ACUUGCUACUCGUAAGAAAUCGUUUGCAUCGUGGAAUCUGGUCCAUAGUUUUUGCUACGGGUAGCCUAUUCGUACUAGUCCAUGCUGUCUUAACACGUUACAUCUUCAGUAGGCUUAAUGAUGUUAGACUAAUUGGGAGACUACACCUCGCAUCGUCAUUUAUGAAAGAACAAACUUCGUUGUAUCAUUCCAAGCACUAUGGAGAACGAUUCGCAGACAGAAAAAAUCCUCAUUACAGGAGGAGGCGGCUAUUUUGGCUUUCGUCUUGCACGUAAACUGCACAGUGCCGGAGCCAAAGUUUUCUUGUUUGACGUGCAUCCACCUGGGCAGGCCUUACCAGAGGGCAUGGUGUUCCACCAGGGGGACAUUCGUGAUUAUAGCCAGGUGGAAGAGGUGGUUCGUGGUGUAGAUUGCGUCUUCCACAUAGCCUCCUAUGGCAUGUCCGGCAGAGAGCAAUUAAACCGACAACUGAUCGAGCAAGUCAACGUGACAGGCACUGAGAAUGUCCUGAAAGCCUGCGUCCAGUGCAGUGUGCCCCGGCUGGUCUAUACCAGCACCUUCAACGUGGUGUUUGGGGGCCAGGUCAUCGAGGGUGGGGACGAGACCCUGCCGUACCUCCCCCUGCACCUCCACCCUGACCACUACUCCAGGACCAAAUCCCUGGCGGAGAUGGAGGUCCUGAAAGCCAACGGUAGUGCCUUAGCAGGCGGCUCUGGUGUGCUAAGCACCUGUGCUCUGCGCCCCGCAGGCAUCUACGGCCCUGGAGAGCAGAGGCACCUGCCCAGGGUUGUGGGCUACAUCGAGAGCGGCAUCUUCCGCUUUGUGUACGGCGAUCCUGGCAGCCUGGUGGAGUUCGUCCACGUGGACAACCUGGUGUUGGCACACGAGCUGGCAGCCAAGGCCCUGACAGAGGAGCGGGGGUGCAGUGCCACAGGACAGCCCUACUUCAUCUCCGACGGCAAGCCCAUCAACAACUUUGAGUUCUUCAGGCCUCUGGUGGAAGGCCUGGGCUACUCCUUCCCUAAGCUGCGUCUGCCUGUGCCUCUCAUCUACUUCUUCGCCUUCCUCACCGAGAUGGUUCAUCACCUCGUAGGCCCCGUCUACAACUUCCAGCCUUUGCUCACCCGCACCGAAGUCUACAAGACUGGGGUGACCCAUUACUUUAAAAUGGACAAGGCCAAAAGAGAGCUGGGCUAUGAACCACGGGAGUACACUAUGGAUGAGGUGGUGGAGUGGUUUAGGACCAGAGGCCAUGGCAAAACACGAAACACUUCCCCCACAAAACGCUUCAUCUUGAACAUUGUCGUAAUGGUUGCCUUCAUAGCUGUCCUACUUUCAUUCCUUCCAGUUGUUGGAUAUUGACCUCUGCACACUGCACAGAAUAAUAUUUUUAGAAGAUUCUUUCUAGAAUUCAUGCUGCCCAUUCACAAAUGUUACCUUUUCAUGAAUACUUACCACCACCAUGAAAUUCAUGAUUCAAGUAUUCAAGAAAAUGUGUAUCUUUUCUAUGUCCACCAUUUUGAAUUUCCAGAAAUAGACAUUUUUAGCUGAAAAACUGUACUGUGGUCUAGUCAUGAAUAUGGUAACACUUUAGAAUAACAAUUGGGAAUUUCUUUAAAAACACUUCGCAAACAAUGAGCUAAUAAUCAACAAAACAUUUACAAAUGUUUGUAAAUGAGAAAGAAAUACUAUGUUAACAUAGCAGAAAUGGGACAGCCUGAACAGUCCUGAAAGUUUAUCCCCCAAAGACCAAAAGAGAUGAAAGCACUGACGUGUCCAGUCAGGCAACACACACAUAAAACUCAUCCAGUAGGAUGAAAAUAUGCUAAUAAAGUGUUAAUAAAACUGUUAUUCUAAAGUGUUACUUUGAAGACUAGUUUAUUAUUGAAUAAAUAUUCAUGAAAAGAUAAAAGUUGGCAAUAGGCAGCGCAGUAUUAAUGAGCAGCAUAGUAGCAAUACCUUCUUUGGCCACCAUCCGACAAAAUGCACCUUUAAAACCUGUUUUACAUGAAACAAAUGUGAAUAUGUGUGUAUAUACUUUUUACAUAUACAGAAAACAACUCUGCACACCUUUACAUAGAGAAACCAACUGUGAAUACACUUUACACAAGUCCUAUUUCAUGUGUUUACGAAGUAGUUUUAGUGAUGUACAUUGCUUCAAAACAGUACUGCAUAAGACCUUUGUUCUUUUAUGGACUGGAGAUCUGUGAGAAGGCAUGCCAUUGACCAAUUUCAGAGGCAUGACAGGAAUUUAUGGCUACCUGUCUCUAUAAACAAAAUGUCUACCCUUCCAUUGUGGCUGUAUUCACAACCUAUGAUGUAACUAUUAGGCCUAUAGCCUAAAAUACAAUUCAUAAUGAAAAGGGGGAAAAGUCAUAUAAUAAUAAAGUCCCAAUGUGAAU